GUGAUGUCACCGUCUCCGUGGCAUGUAUCCUCCGCGGGGAUAGGACUUGUGUCGGGGCAUGCGCAAUCCGGGUUGGUGGGAGCGGCGGAGGGCUCGCGCAGGGACCGUUGGAAAAUUCAAACGGUCGGAGACGGCCAACAGCGCCCGCGACACUCGCUCGGAGUGAGGGCUGGGCGGCUGCAGCAAGAAACUCCUCAAAUACCGCAAAAAUGGCAGCCGCACCACAGGCCAACAGCGAGGACGCUUGUCUUAACGGCUCCUGGGUGGAAUUACAGUUGAAAAACAAUGGCAGUGAUAAUGGCGCCAGCUGCACUGGGGGACUGGAGCACGUGCCGUCAUCGUCCUCCAUUCACAACGGAGACAUGGAAAAAAUUCUUCUGGAUGCUCAGCAUGAAUCAGGUCAGAGCAGUUCUCGAGGAAGCUCCCACUGUGAUAGCCAAUCUCGCCCCCAGACACCUCAGAUGGCUCAACCAGUGUUCGACUUAGAACUGCAGAGGAGCAAAGACAGUAGCUCUCAGUCUGAAGAUGAUUGCUUGGAAAGAGAGCAAGAGGUCGAAAUCAUGAUCAAGAGAAGUGCCGAAUGGAUAUCUGACUGGUCAAGUCGACCUGAAAACGUUCCACCCAAGGAGUUUCAUUUCAAACAUCCAAAACAUUCAGUCACUCUCAGUAUGAGAAAGACUGGAGCAAUGAAGAAAGGUGGCGUAUUUUCUGCCGAAUUUCUGAAGAUUUUCUUUCCGUCUUUGCUUCUAUCUCAUAUUUUGGCUCUUGGUCUUGGGAUCUACAUUGGAAAAAGACUGACAACUUCAUCAUCAAGCACAUUCUGAGAUCCAGAGUUAGAAUUCAACAUGGCCUGUGAAGUUGUGUGGCUGCUCCGUCAGUACGUUAGAAUUGGAGGAACAAAGAAACCUAACACAAGUACAAGGCAUCCUAUUGUAUUAGAUUUUCCCUUCGAAGGAACUGCUUGGCCACCUGAGCACAACCUUGGCCGAACAUUGUUUUGUCUGAACUUGGACUUCUUGACCUCUGUGUACCAUGUGACAGCAGCUGAAUAUGUUUCAUUUUAUACUUGGCUUAACCAGAAAACACUCACAUGCAAGGAGCAGUCCCACUAGUUGGAUCAGAUUAUCACAUUGCAAAACUCUACGCAGUUAAGACAAGAUACCGCUGAGGAUCAGUAUUCAACCUGAUUAAAUCAGCAAAGCUGUAGUAGGCAAUGGAGUCUUAUGUUUGCGAUUCAGUCUCUCUGGCAAGAGCAAAGUAUUUAAUCUGAGAUCAGCUGAGCUGAAAUAAUGUUCGGCUGUUCGGAACAGUGACAGAUUUCUUUUUAGAUUGUCAAAAUAAACAUUAUUUGAUUCUUAAUCUUUACUUAAAUCUGACUUUCUCUCCAUCUCGAACUAGAAAUUAAUUUUCUUGCAAUCCUCUGUCACAUUCCCCAAGUCAGGAGGGUUGGCAUGCAGCAGGACUCUGGUUAUGAUACUCUGAGUAAAGCUAUUUUCCUUGGCUUUUUUUUUUUGGUGACAAAUUAGAAACCAGAGUUAUAAAGCUGUUUGUGAUUCAUUGUGUUUUAAAUUGCCAAAGAUAGUGCAGUUCUCGCUUUUCAAGUAACACACAACCUUGGCUAGAAACCUUUUUGACUCUCUCAGUCAACUCAAGUAUGUACUCGGCAUGUUUAGAAUUGGGGAAAUCAUUAAGCUCAUUUCCUCAGCUUCAACUUGUCUUGCUAGUCCGUGCUGUAUCUUCCCAGCGAAGAGUUAGCUUAUUCAACCCAGACGAUUAGUUGUACUAGAAUGAAAGUCUGAAUUUUGAGCCAUCCAAAAAGUAUUAUGUAGACCAUCGGAGAAUUUGCCAUUCUCAUGGAUCUCUGAAAUGCAAUCAUCUUAGUCUAUCUUCGACAAGAUGUGUGCACAAUCUGGUGAAACUAAUUGACCAUCUUGCUUUGGCUGUUGCCCUCUAAUAGGAAGGGGAUUGGUACAGUCAAAACUCUUGUACUUUUGUUUCAGUUGGUUGCUUUGGCUUCAUACACUUUGGAGCUUCCAUUUAUGGAAAGAAAAUUUCUGAACUGAAUGAAGUUUAAGACAUCUUGGUUUUUUCAGUAUCUGCGAAUAAGUUAAUUUUAUUUGAUGGGAUUAGCAGCUCCAGUUUAUGAUGGCUAGAAGGAUCUCAUCCCUGACCAGUGAUGCGUACGGCAUGUAAUUGCCUCAGCAUCCUGACAAAAUUCGCAGUCUAGCUGAGGCCUUCAUGCUGGCUAGAACUAGACAAAUAGCGUGCAGCUGAAGAGACAUUGGAAGACUGAAACAAUGGAGACAAAGCUCCACUCCGUGCCUCAUCUUCACUCUGGAAAGGCUUGAUGAAGGCAUCGCAUAAAGCAAAAUAACAGUACAGUGGCUUGAUGGAAAAUUGAAUGAGAUGUGGAAAUGAUGCUGAAUUACACAAGAGAAAAUGUACUUCAGUGCAAUUUCACCUUUCAUGAAGCUGCUAAAAAUGCUCCUGAUUUUGUACAGUCCCUGAUACCUAAAAGUUUAAACAGAAAUGAUGGGACAGAAUGACUUAAAAAAGAUCAUUGAAGAAUGUACUGGAUUGAAAGUAGUUGUUUUGUAGGAAAAUGUCCUCAUCACAUUACCUAUUUGUCAUUUAAGAAAAGCUUGCUGCAGAAGGAAUAUCUAUUAUUUUUUCUGACGUCCAUCCCCCCCAACUCCUGGGAUCGGCACAAUUUACUGCCAUCACUUGAAGGGAAGGGAUGGCUAAUUCUUAGAAAAUCCAUGUUCUGUUGUGUGCCAAGAUUAUGUAUGUUACAUUAUUUAUGAUUGUUUUCUGCUUUUCAAAAAUUGGAGCAGGAGAUUGGGCUAUAUUUGGACAGUUUUAGAUUUUGAGGGAAACAAAACCAUCGCUGUUGGAAUUCUGAAAUCUAAACAGCAAUCCAAGAUUCUGAACAGAUCGUUAACGCCAGAUCGAAAAAUUCCUGGUCAAGUUCUGAAUGUGACCUUCAACAACUUUGAGGAAGGGUCCGAUCUGAAAGUUUUGUUUCUCCUUUUGGAUGUUGCACUAUGUGGAACAAUUUUGAGAGUUUUUUUGGGCCAUGAUUGGUGUGUUGGAUUGGAUUCGCACUUGAUCAAGUAGAAUUGACUGUUGUGAUAUAAGGCUGACAAGUUUUUGUGUCUGCAUGUGGCAGGGGUAUGUCACAGAAAUAAUGAUCAGUUUCGCUUGUGAAAACUUGGAUUUAAUGGGUCCCUGUUUAAUAUGUCAAUCCAAUGGUCUCCCCAUCAACAAAAAAGUGGAUGUGGUUACCUUCUGAACAUGAGUCCAACAAACAUGUAAAAACUGAUGUAAAAUAAAUUGCUUGCUUGCACAAUUGGAUGUUGUGUGUGCAGCCACAAAAAAUGUCAAGCUUGCAGCAUCAUAUUUUGAUUAAAAAGAAAAGCUGUCCAUUUUAUAAAACAUGUCUUGGUUACUUUUACAGUUGGGUCAGGAUUGGCAACGUGUAUCUAUUAAAUCCAUCUGAGCCGAAAUGAUUAUCAAUAAAUCUCAUAGCUCGGUCGCAAUUUGUAUGUAGAUUAAUGUAAAAAAAUCGUUGUAACCGUUUUCGUAUCAUAAAAAGCAUGAAUGCGA